CAAUAACAGUCACAUUACAGAUGGGUUCACCAGGUCACUUCCAGUAGUUUCUUCAGUGGAGUUUAAAGGUUAAACCAUGUUUCUCACCAGUAAUAAGUCACUGAUUACUGUCUGGAUUCCCAGUGUGGAGAUUCUGAGCCGGCUUUGCUUUGUGGAACUCAUAGUUGAGCAGCUGUGUGGAGUCCAGGCUUUAGAGAAAAGAGGAGGCGCUGAGUUUGGAUGUGCUGGGUGUUGGAGUUCGGGAGAGGAGUCGUUUAGAGGUUACUGGAGGACAGUUGGGGGGGGGUGGCGCUCUAGCUGUGGUUAUGUUAUGUAAAAGAUGGUGUUUGAGUUAAUGUCAGUGUUGUGUAGGUGUAAAAUGUGAAGGUUCUAAAAGCAGCACUGUUAGGAAGAGGAGGAAGUCCAGACUCAGCAGGCUGUUUGAGUGGUUUGUGUAGUUAUGCUCCCAUUAAAUGAUGAUGUCACAGACCAUCUCCUCACCUCAGGUGCUCUUUGGUGAGGGACAGUGACUGCAGCUUUUCUGGCUCUGGAGCCCUCCUCCCUCUCCCACCCUGGCUCCCACAGCCUCUCCAAAGUCCUCAGUGCUGACCGGGUGGAGCAGAUGACCAAAACCUACAAUGACAUAGACGUUGUCACUCACCUGUUAGCUGAGCGAGAUCGGGAUCUGGAGCUGGCUGCUCGGAUUGGUCAGUCUCUGUUGCAGAGGAACCAUGUGCUGCAGGAACGCAGUGAGAAUUUGGAGGAACAGCUAACGCAGGCUCUAGAUCAGGUGCACCAGCUGCAGCAUGAGUUGUGUAAGAAGGAUGAGUUGUUGCGGAUGGUGGCGAGUGCGAGUGAGGAGAGCGAGACGGACUCCAGCUGCUCCACCCCACUGCGCCCCCCACCGCCUGCAGGGAGCGCUCUCGCACUCAGCCAGCUGGAGGUGCUGCAGAGCAAACUGCAGGAGCUGGAGGAGGAGAACCUGGUGCUGCGGCAGGAGGCCAGUCACCUGAAGAAGGAAACCAUCACAUACGAGGAGAAAGAGCAGCAGCUGGUCAGCGACUGCGUCAAAGAGCUACGUGAGUCGAACAGUCAGAUGGUCACUCUGACUGAGGAACUUUCUCAGAAGAAUGAGGAUCUGCUGAGACAUCAGGAGGAAAUCGCCCAGUUACUGUCGCAGAUAGUGGAGCUCCAGCACCGGGUCAAAGAGUUGGCACUGGAGAAAGAGGAGCUAAGGAUUCAUCUACAAGCCUCGAAGGAUGCCCAGCGGCAACUAACUGCUGAGCUGAAGGAGCUGUCAGACAGGAAUGCGGAGUGUGUAGCGAUGCUGCAUGAGUCUCAGGAGGAGAUUAAAGAGCUGCGCAGUAAACACACCCCAUCAUCCGGGCUGCGCAGACACCUGUCGUACGGACACUACCCUAUGGACUCUCUGGCGGCGGAGAUUGAGGGCACUAUGAGGCGAGAGCUGAGUGUGGAGGAGGAGGUGGCCUUUCAGGAUCAGAGGUCCACCCAUAAGCGUGUGUUCCAGACGGUACGGAGUGUGAAUGAGACAGUGGUGCGAGCAGCUGCAGCGGCGCCCCCUAUUCCCGGCUCAGGACACUGCAGUGUAGUGAUGACCGCACAGCCCUUCUGUUCUCAAACACACACACCGCAGGAGGCAGACACACAGCCAGACUCUACCAAGUGUGAUUCUCGUCUAGGUCAGCCGGGCUGUCCAGGAGGAAGUGACCUCGUCUCCGCGCUGCACCGUCUCUCUCUGCGCAGACAGAACUUCCUGUGUGAGCGGCAGUAUUUCCAGGCCGAGCGGGACAGGAAACUGCAGGAGCUGGCAGGGGUGGAGUCUGAGGGGGGUGGGAGUGGCUGCAGUUCACCAAUGGGAAGCGUUCUGUCCUCCUUCACCAACCUAUCAGAGUUCUCCGUUUCCUCCAGCUGCUUCAAAACCUUCCUGCCAGAAAAACUGCAGAUAGUCAAACCGAUGGAAGGCUCUCUGACUCUGCAUCACUGGCAGCAGCUGGCGAAGCCCCAUUUGGCUACUAUCCUGGACCCCCACCCUGGUGUGGUCACCAAAGGCUUCCGUCCACUGCCACACGACACCGUGUACCGUCUGACAGAUGUGGAAGAGGACGAGGAACACGAGAGAGCUCCUUGGGAGGACAGGAGAGAGAGAAGAGGGACAGGAGAUGAGAGGAGGAGGAGAGACGAGGAGGAGGAGGAUGAGGAAGAGGAAGAAGAGGAGGAAGAGGAGGGAGGGAUUACCUUCAAUGUCCAGUCAUCCUCCACUCCAGAGGAGAAGAAAGAGAGGAGAAGUGUCCUCACGCCACUGAAAGUUCCACCCCAUUCUCCGUCUCUGAGAGGCUCUCCUGUUGCAGUGGCAACCGCCAUCUCCUUAACCACGACACCUAGCCUGGUGAUGACCUCUGGCACCUUGGUAACCCCGGCACCUGCAGGGUCAUCAGCAGGGUCAACGCUUCCAAGCCUGAAUAUCAAUACAACAGCACCAUCUGCAGCAGUGAAUCCUGGGAAGUGUCAGAGCUCCACCUUCUCAACCUACACCUUCACCACCUGCAGGAUCCUGCACCCCAGUGACGUCACGCAGGUGACACCUAGCUCUGUCUGUAGUCCGUCUGUGUGUGAAUACACCCCUAGUUCCCUCCGGACUGGUCCCAGUACACCGGUCACUCCAUGCAGGCUCAGUCUGGGUGACUCUUUCCCUCCUCGUCGUCCUGCAGCUCCCCCUGGUGGUCUGGCAAAACUCCUGCUGGAGAAAGGCAUCUCAGCUCAAAGAGCUCCAGCUCCUUCCAAACUACCCAAGCCUAAGCCCCUGCGCCUCCUGCCAAAUACCCCCCCUAACUCCCCCUCCCAGUCCCCCUGCCCCUCUCCUGUCCACUUUGAGUCCAGAACCGCCCCCUCUGACAAUUUUUUAGCAUCGCGCCCUGCUGAGCUGUUCUUGCAGGAUGUUUAUGGUGUAAAACUCGGCCGCGCCCCCAGACCUGAUCUUCCUAGUCCUGACCCCGCCCCCACUGAGCAACCGUCCAGUCAUGAUCGCCACAGCGGCAAUCUUGUCGAUCGUCUACGGAAGCUGGGACUGGACAAAAAAGUGCUACGUGGAGCGGAGUCAGACGCUCAUCGCCAGGAUAACGCCACUUUCCUCGCCACAGGCGGAGGAAGCCUUUUGGAUGGAUUGAGGCGGAACCAAAGUCUCCCUGCUAUGAUUGGUCGACGAAGCACAUCUGCCUCUAGCCCCUCCCAUCCUGUCCCACCCCCACAUCCCACUUCCCUCAACUUACCUACCCCUCCUUGGGGUAACUUGAAGCCUAACCGCAGACACGCCUCGCUCUCACAGGCCCCUCCUCUUCCGUACAAACACUAAAGAAAGUGGGCGGGCCUUGGACAGUGAUUUUAAUUUGAGUAAUUGCUGUAUCCAUGCUCUGCCCACAAACGCGUUCUUUCAUAGCUACCGUUGUUAGGUGGAACAGGCUUUAUAGAGCACCAGCUAAAAUCCCAUUCAACCUAAUUAGGAAACGUAACAUAAAGCUAUGUAAAUUAUUCACAUUAAGCCAUUAUAAUGCGUCAGAUUCGCUACGUAAUGUUGAGCUUUCAUUCAAAAGCUACUGAACUAGACGCUUUUGUAGCUGAUCAAAGUAUUUGCACUCAUAGAAAAUAAAUUUCAGACUUAUAAAGCAGUCGAACUGUAGGUAUUUGAUAUUUGCUGUGCUAUAAAACUUCUUAUUAGGUUAAAUGGGAUUUUUCUGGAAAGCUUGUUUAACCUCACAGUGAUAAACGAGUGUGGGGGCGUGGCUUGGGUGUGUCAGUUUGUCUGAGUCGUGUUUGGACGCGUGGCCUGCACUGAUUAACCUGUGACUUUUCCUAAUUCAGCCCUUUUCUUGCCUCCUUAUGAACAAACAGUAAACUAUAAAGCAUCAAGAAGAUGAGACGUCUUUCUUCUGCUUGUUGUUUAAAGCACAGUUAUGUAAGUAAAUGUAGCGUCCUGUCGUGAUUAUCGUGUAUCAGUGGCGAAUAUUGAAGGCCUUGAUUAUUUAUAUAAAGGGAAAGGAGACUGCGUAAUAUUUUCUUUUAUUUUUCCUUUAAUUUCUCCAGUUUAUUCCGAUUCCUUUCACCUGUAACUUGCUUUAACCAGUGUUUUAACCUUUGCCUUAGCCUGACUCGCACAAUGUUUCUUUUAAUCUGUCCGUUUUCCUGUGAGGCUCUGCAGGCUCUGGACAGCAGGUGGAGAAAGAAGAGAGGAAGUUGAUCAGGGAUAGUGUACGUAGGGUGAAGUGAGCUUAAAGAAAGUAGGUGCAUCAUGGAGUGGAGCGGCAGCGCGAGCUGUAGGUGGGAUAGAAUGUGGAGGGUUUUGGGAAAGUUGGUGAGGGUCCCCUAAUGACACAGGUAACAUGCUUGUGCUGUAUUGAACCAUAUUUAACAGGAAUUGUCCACUUAGAUAGUCGUAUGCAAAAGUGUGGGCACCCCGGUCAAAUAACAUUUUGUUGAUUUUCUAAUUGAGAACAAGUUAAGAUGUUUACAGAGAACACACUUCUGUCCAUUUUAAUGCACAAUUACUGUUUAUUUACUGAAUUUCAUAUAUUGAGGAAAAACAUAAAAUGUGACCUGUGCAGAAGUUACAGUCUCCAAUAUGUUAGAAAUUUUACACUAAAAUGUUCAGAAACAUGCCAUAUUUAGGUUUGUUCCCUGUAGAUUAACAAUAUGGCUAAUCUAACCAGGGGUGUAUAAACAUUUGCAUAUGACUGUGUUUGAGUUUCCCUCAUUCUCUCAUUCUGAUUUCAGUGAGGAUUAGUAGUUACUAUUAUUUUAAUAAGAUUGUUUAAUGUAAUAACAUUAAAUGUAGUCAUAUUACUCAAGCUGAGCAUCGUAGCUAACAUAAAUAAACAAACAUGAAUCUUAAUGAGGUGAAAUUGUAAAUUGUAGAGUUGAGAAUCUGGUAGAUUGUAAAUUGGGGAGAGAUGAAGAUGGAGUACGAAAGUGACUUAAAGGUGAUAAAGAAAGUGAUAAAGAUUAACGAAGAAACAAGGAAGAAAUGAAAGGAUGAGCUACAGAGCCUCAGAACAGGGACUGGUCUUUCUUUCCUCUGGAGUUGGACUUGAGCCUCUGUGCUUUACUGUAAACUAGCCUGUUACGCUUUACCUUCAAACACUACUGAACCACCAGUUGUUUGAGCUAUUUUAUGAGUAAUAACUGCCAUAUCUGUCUGGUUGCUCUUAACUGUUUCCUUAUAACCGACCAGAGCUCAUUACUGACUGCAACUCCCAGCAUGCAUUUCCGCUUUCUUCUAUUGUGUCAGUUGUAAUACUGGCUGACUGGUCUUGGUGAUGCUCAGGAUUCUCUCUUUUAUGAGGGAGACGUUUUGUUUUGUUAUUAUUUUUUGCCAUGUGUGUUAUGUGGCGUUCAGGGCCAUCUGGAAGGGAUUAUAUGUUUAUGAGGAAGUAGAUAUUCUGUUCAGGUCAGUAGUGUCCGGCUGAUCAGAAAACUCACUCAUGCUUCUGUAGUUUAAACUCAAAGGGAAUCAUCGUACUUUCCUCUCACGUAUACGAGUCCCUCAUCUCCCUGACUCUUAAAGAUUAAAUAUAGGGAAUAUAAAAUCACCCAGGCUCUGCAUUUAACUCAUAUAGAACAUCACUAAACUCAUCCAGCAGUACAGUUUCAUAAGUUGCAGAACCUGCUAUUAGCGAGUGUCCAGAUGUGCUGUGUGGACCUGAUUCCUCAAAUUUUGACCCCUGAGCGAAUUAAACCAUCCCGCUUCACAUUUAGAGCACUUUUUUAUUUUAACCCACUAAACCAUGUUAUUAGACAGUUUACCCCGUAUAUACCAGUAUAAGAUUAAAGGUCUAACAUAAGUUAUAUGAAGUAUCAUUAUUUAGCACUAUUUCAUUUAGCAGAGCUUUUUAAUAUGUGUAUCAUUAGUUCUCGUUGACAGAGUUUAAAGGUUUAAAGGGGAUUUUCUUUUAAAAGCUUGUACGAACCAAAAUGAUCUGACCAGCUUUUCUGCUGGACUUUAUCAUCUUGUUUUUUUGUAAACUGAACGUAUUUGUUUGUUUGUUAAUGUAAGCGGACCUGCUUUUUUGUGCUGUUGUAAUAGCCAUAAUAGAGGAGCAGCGCUGGAUUGUGGGCCAGAAUGGAAGUGGAGGGUGAACUGUAGUAUUUUGUCAGAAAGGCUGGUGUGACGGAGAGCAGAGCAAAUAAAACUAACCUCUAUUCUAAGCUCCUGUAGAUUUGUGUUAAUUAAUUAUCAAUAUCAUUGAUGUUGAUCCAAACAGUGUAAAGAAACAAACAUAAUCGGGACGCGGCCAAAGUUUAUGACUUUAUUUACUUUAUUGAAGCCACAAGCUUCUGCGUCUCUCAUAUCAGCCUUUCUUCUGUCUCUCAGGGUUAAGGACUGGCACAUAGAGAUGAUGUCACCAUCUGUAGUUUUUGUGCCAAGCAUUGAUUAGUAUAGAGAUAGACGGCCAUUGUGUCAGUUAGCUGAUUCCCUGUUAAAACCCCCAUCAGUGCCAUUCUGUUGCUUCUUUUUUAAUAAAAUAAUCAAAAUCAA